AAAAACUACCAACUAAUCCCUCCCACACCCUUUCAGUUUCUGGGAGGCAGGUUGCUUAAACAGCGCGCCAAACAACCAGCAAACAAAAGUUGGUGCUUCAGAUCACGGAGAUCGUUAAAACACCUCUACUUCUGCAAGAAACAGAACACAAGUUCUUCUGACCCAAUAGUUUUGAGACGUGAGCACAUUUCCUGAGCCGUAUGCAGCUUGCGCUGAAAGGCUUCAAGCUUUCUCUGACCCUGCUGGGUGUGGUCUUGUAGGUAAGUGUAUAAGAAGCCAACCACGAAAGUCGGGGAUUUACUGUCAAAAAGAGCUGCUGAGCGAAUUGCUGAAUACAACAGAGAGAGAAUGGCAGAGGACCCCAAAAUCGAGCUGUUCAUUAAGGCCAGCGAUGAUGGUGAGACCAUUGGGAACUGUCCGUUCUCCCAACGUUUGUUCAUGAUACUCUGGUUAAAGAAAAUUGCUUUCACCAUUAACACAGUGGAUAUGAAGAGGAACCCAGACAUGCUUAAGGAUAUUGCACCAGGGAGUCAGCUGCCUGUCCUCAUUUACAACGGUGAUCUUAAGACAGAUAAUAACAAAAUUGAAGAAUUUCUCGAAGAGGUUCUUGCCCCUCCCAAGUAUCCCAGACUGAGUGUCAGAUACAAGGAAUCCAUGACUGCAGGUUAUAGUGUCUUCCAGAAAUUCUCAGCUUACGUUAAGAAUCCACUUCCUGAAAAGAAUCAGGCUUGCGAGACAGCAUUCCUGAAAACAUUAGUGGAGCUGGAUCAAUAUCUGAACACCCCACUGCCACAUGAAGAUGGAAAUUACCCAUCGAAGAGGUUAUUCCUGGAUGGAGAUGAGCUGACAUUGGCUGACUGCAAUCUCCUACCCAAACUCCACGUGGUUCAGGUUGUGUGCAAGCAUUAUCGGAACUUUACAAUCCCAAAGGAGCUUUCAGGCCUGUGUAGAUACCUGAAGAAUGCGGAGAAAUGUGAAGAAUUCAUGAAUACCUGCCCUAAUGAAGAGGAGAUCAAGUUGGCAUAUCGAAAUGUUGCUAAAUAUUCAGAUAGACAUGGAGCAAAAUCAGUAACUGGGAGAUGAUGUCUCCCAGUUGGAGAUUUAAACUAUCAAGCUUUGACCGAAUGUGACAUUCUUAUGUACAUCACCAACUUCUACUGCUGGAUUUUGUGUUUAUUUGAAAUUUCCAUUCUUAACAGGGCAUUGAACCUCACUGCAAAACUGCAUACAUGCAACCUGCUACUGUGACCCAGGUCUCUAGGUCUUUUACAAUUGACAUCUAAGAAAUGAGGGGAAUGUACAAUAGGGUUAAUGUUGGUAUAAUACAAUUCCCUCAAAAUCUCAACUUUGCCUGGGAAUGAUUUUACACAAUUUAUAGCAAGUCAGUCUUUAGAUCAUUAGUGCACUUUUAAAUUGAGGAUUCCAAUCAUCUGACAUUGACUCUGUAUAAAGACAUCCUCACAAAAACCACUGAAUUCUCUGUUAGUGAAAUAUUGCCAACACAUCCAAAAAAAAAGUUUAAAUUGAAGUUGCAAAAAGUUAAUUUUGUGUAUUAUUUAUAAAAGUGUUUGUAGUUAAUGAGAAAAUUAGAGGUGGCGUGGAUGGGGAGGUUGUGUUUUGUGCAAGUCUAGUCUCCAGAAGAAUUGAGAUGUUUCAUAACAUGGCCACCAAGGUUUUGUGGAAUUAACAAUGUACAUUUUCUCAAAGAAAACUAUGUUUGUUGUUCUAGAAGUCCACAUGUAGAGUUUGCAGCUUGGUGGGAGUCCAGAGAAAAAUGAAACAUUUUGGACCAGCUAAGAUACAAAAGAAAGUAAAGUGAAAAAAAGAUGAUUGGAAUAAAGUCAUGUUAAGGCAAGUUUUACCUCAUUCUAAUGAAUUGCCAAUUCCCUCCCUAGCGCUGCCUGCAUUCCAUGGACCACAGUGGUUCAAAAAGGCAGCUCACCACCACCUUCGCAAAGGCAAAUGGUGGUGGGUAAUAAAUGGUGAUCCAGCCAGUGACACCCACACCCACAGGCAAAUACACUUUUUUAAAAAAAAAUUGCAUUGUUGAAUGGAAAUAAAACAGGAAAAAGUGACCGGGAACUUUGCUGUAUUUAGCGAAGGUCCGGCAACAUACAUCAUUCGUUAAGAUGUCCAGCUAGAUAAAACUGCUGAUCACGGAGACAGAGUGUGAUUUAUUAAAGAGUAAGUAAGUAAUUGAAUGUAUGUAUUUAAUUUCCCAACUUGCAUCAGAUUUCAGCCAUUUUUGUGAGGGUGUCUGUUAAACACAUUUAGGGUACAAUCUUAAUUAACAGUCAGAACGUUACAUAGUAGAGUUACAAUUAAUCACUUGUAUAAUGAAUUUAACUUUCUGAUGAGAUUUUUUUGUUACAGGCUAUGACUUAGAUGCUGCUUAAUUUUCAUUCUUAUUGAGUUCCAUUAAUUCUGGGAGAGCUAUAUUAAUUAUCAUUGAUUAAUGCUGAUGAAGGAUGCUAUCAAAUUCCCAUUCUGCCAAUAGAAAAACUUCAACCUUGAUUAUACACGUCCCCAAAUUAGAAUUAUUCUGUUGUUGCCAAGGUAGCCAUGAAGAGAUUAUCUAGCGAUAGAUACAUGAUUGCAUUGAUACAGCGCCUUUCACAGCCUCAGGAUGUUCCAAAACACUUCAAUAACAAUAUUUUGAGCCUUUUGCUACCACUUUCCAAGGACUGUCUUGUGAGGCAGUGAAGAACAUGAGGUGUGAACGAGGUAUUUUUCUAAUCAAUCUGUGCAGAGAAGUCAUUGUAAAGCUGUGGAGUAGGUGCCAAUUUGAACCCAGGCCUCCUGGUCCAGUGGUGAGGACACUAUCACUACACAGCGAGGGCCCCUGUUCUCAUUUCUGUUGUAACACUGGAGCUGCCCAUUCCAAAGUUGUGGUUGGAAGUUUAUUUAGGCAGGAAGUGGUUCUGAAAACUUUGUGUUUCCUAUUAACUGUCAGGGAUAACAGCAGUCGCAAUAUAUUUAAUCAUUUGCUUAGUAGUACAGAGCUUGAAUGUUGCUGAAUAGAGAUAUGUUGCUGAGGCUUUUUGACUUGUAUCAGGACAAACACAAGAAUGUCAAAUUUCAAACAAUCACAACAUCUUAUACAAAAGGAGAUAAAGGUGGGAGAACAGAGGGUGCUGAUUGGGUGGUGAGUUAACUCUGAUUGGUGGAGGUGUUGCUAUGGGGAAAGCAACAGGGAGCUUGAGGCUUCCAUUUAAUCUACAAAGGACGAGCCAGAAAAAGGGGCCCUGAGUAUGAAUAUAUGUUGCUUCCAGCAAGUGAACCACAUUACAAGCUCGACUGAUUACUAGUCAGUCCCAUUUUCACCUGAGGUGCAAAUUGCUGUGACCGUUAAAAAUUCGGAGUUCUUGCAGAAGUUAGGACAUUGUUCAUCAUUUUAAAAAAAAAUGGUGAAAAUUUAAAACUGUCUUCUACAAGAGAUGAGGUAGAAUACAGAUCAGAGCCCUUGAGCGCAUUGAUAUGCAGAGGGAUCUGGGUGUGCAGGUCCACAAAUCACGGAAGGUGACAGCGCUGGUAGAUAAGGCAGUAAAAAAAGGCCUAUGGCAUGCUUGCUUCAAUGGAGGGGGCAUUGAGUAUCAGGGUCGUCAAGUUAUGUUGCAGCUUUAUAGAACUUUAUUUCGGCUACACUUGGAAUAUUGCAUACAGUUCUGGUCACCACACUGCCUGAAGGAUGUGGAUGCUUUGGAGAGGGGACAGAAAAGGUUGGCCAGGAUGUUGCCUGGUAUGGGGGAUUUUAACUAUGAAGAAAGGUUGGAUAGACUGGGUUUGUUUUAACUGGAACACGGGAGGUUGAGGAGUAACCUGAUAGAAAUUUGAGAGAUUAUGAAUGCCAUAGAUAGAGUGGAAAUUAUGAGGCUUUUUCCCAGGGUGGAGGGGUCAGUUACUAGGGGGCACAGGAUCAAGGUUUUUUAUUUGGGGGGGGGGUAGUUUAAAAGAGAUAUACAAAGCAAGUUUUUCAGAUAAAGGGUGUUGAGUUCCUGGAAUGCCAGAGGGGGUCGUGGAAGCGAACACAAUAGUAGCAAUCAAGAAAUACUUGGACAAAUACAUGAAUAGGAAGGGAAUAGAGGGAUAAGGAGCCUGUAAGUGAAGACAGUUUUAGUAUGGAAGGGCAAAAUGUGUCGGUGCAGGCUUGGAGGGUUGAAGGGCUGUUCCUGUGCUGUAUUGUUCUUUGUUUGUCCUGAUGGUGCAAGAGCGAUAAUAUGUGGAAAUCUGUGAAACGGUUCUUCUGGUGCUGCUCUGAAAUUGGGGUGGCUUCACGUCCCUUCCAAUGUUUAACGUGACCACUUUGCUGCUACAGAUGGUUUGGGUUCUGUGAGCAUUGAAUAUUAGUUCAGUUGCAUGUUACCCUCCUCUCCAUGUGAUCUAGAUGGAAUGACCUGCCUCUAACAGCUCUGCACAGUCAAAAAUCACAUUAUAACAUUCCAAAUAAUUGUACAAUUAAUGAAGAAAUGUGUUUAAAAAAAGGAUUUUGUUUUUGUUCAUGCUCCAAUGAUUUUUCUCAUGGAUUUGUUCAAAUUUUGUGCCUCAGAGAUUAACUUGCAAAUCCUCAAGGGUUGGCAAUGCCAGUCCAGUUGUGUUUAAAAGCCCACCGUAUGAAAUACUUCCAGAUCUAGAUACUGAAACUUACACCCUGGUUUUGCUGCUGUAUCUUUACAUUUUUUAUAUUAAUAAUCAGUGCAGACUGUAGAUUAACGGACUACAGUACUGAUCUGAGUUCAGCAUACAUAGAAGACAGUCUGCCCACAGACAAUACAGUGUGGAGCUGGAGGAACACAGCAGGUCAGGCAGCAUCAGAGGAGCAGGAAAGUUGACGUUUCGGGUCAGGACCCUUCUUCAGAAUUCUGCAGUUCUUGCUAUUUCUGAGUCUGCCCAUGGACGUCUGAUUCCUGAGUUGUUGUUGGGGUUUCACUACUUUAAGAGAUCAAGCUUUUAAGUGUAUUUAGUGUUUCAAAUGCCUAAUCUUUAAACCUUGUAUGUUGUUAGUAGUUUUACCAAGAAUAAGCUAUCUUUAUCACUUCUGAUUUAUGAUUUCUGUUGUGCAAUUCAAAAUAAGGCAAAAUUAUGCGUCUUCUAUUAAUAAAGUUGAGUAUUUUAGACAAGUGCUUUUCAUCACAAUUCCCACUGUUUGGAGGAUCCCCUUUCAUAUUUACUGAGAAUUUGCUUCACUUUCCCAUGCCCUAAUUGUAAAUUCCCUUCUAAAUCCAGCACAGAAGUCAGCCGAGAAAGACCUUCAUUCCAAGUACAAUCACUAAGGAAUCUUGCAUUAGCUAAUAGACUGGGAAGUGUUGGGAAUGCUCCAGUUAGUCUCAGUUUACCAGUUUGGAGAUGAUCAAAAACCAAUCAAAGUAGCACACUUUUUCAAUUCAUUGAUCUCCCAUCCCUAACUGGUUAAGAGUCAACCACAUUGCUGUGGGUCUGGAGUCACAUGUAGGGCAGACCAGGUAAGGAUGGCAGUUUUCUUCCCUAAAGGGCAUUAUUGAAUCAGAUGGACUUUUCCUGACAAUCAACAAUUGACUCAUGGCCAUUAUUAGAUUCUUAGUUUCAGAUUCUUUAGUUUCCACCAUCUGCCAUGGCAGGAUUCGAGCCCAGGUCCUUACCUGGUUCUCUGGAUUAACAGUCCAGUGAUAAUACCACUAGGCCGUUGUCUACCCAUGUUCAUUCCUGCUUCAAGGUGCCUGUGAAUGGGUAUCAGACAUGGGUAGAAUUUGGUGUCUUUAGGCUCUUCUACAAUGGCUCCCAAAUCCGCAACCUCCACUGAGACUUUGUAAAAGCACCAGAUACAGUGGGAAACCAUUAUUUCCACAUUAAUUCCUAAACACUCGUGGAUAUCUUUGUGCCUUCAUUAUUGCUGGGCCAAAAUCCUCACUCAACAGGAGAGUGGGACAAUAUUCCCUCCUUGGCACGUGAAACACUUUUCAAUCUUUUAGUGCAAAUCAAGCGACUUGUGCAUGGAAACUUUCAGGUUGCUCCUCAGAAGGAACGUUGCUGUGGGGUUGCAUUCAUAAUUUAGAUUACAGUAUUCAAGAAGGUGAGUUGCCAGAGGUUUUUCAAGAGCGGCUGGGGAUGGAUAGAAAAUAACCAGAGAUGUUCACAUCCCAACACUGGAUAGCGUACCAUCAUUUAAGAGGGAUAUUGGCACCAGAUAAGACAGGGAAUAAAACUUUGGGUGAAUGGUAAAUGGCUCAAAAACUAAGUAGUGUCCCAAAUGCACUUUUAAAAAAAAACACAAUUCUUAUAUUUUGCAUCAUGGUCAUACUAUUGUGUAUCCAUGGAUAUUCGUAUCACAUUCUAAUCCUUAGUAUCAUAUAUUUAAGAUGUUAUCUCUCUCUGUCCGUUAGUCUCUCAAACAAGAGGGACACUGUACAGGCUAGAGUCUGUGACAACAAAGGAGGUGUUGCACUGCAGCGACCACAGGCCGAUUCUUCCACUCUUAGCACAUUGGACAAACGCGCAGGUUAAUGGUCUGCGUUUGGCCAUGUUACAAACACACCUUUUAUGGUCAAUAGAUCCUGGAAUGGGACUUGUACCCAAGGCAUCUGGCACAGAGGCUGGGAUAUCACCCACUGUGCCACGUUAAACAAAUUCACUGCUCAUGAAACGAUUAGUGGUGUAGCUGAAUUGUUUGCAUAUCCUUGAAUAAAACCCUGUAUGAACACCA